CAGAAGACACCUUACACUCAGUUUUGGAUGAAUUCGGCUAUCAGCUAGAUGUCGUCCAUGCCGCCAAUGGAGGAAGUUGCGGAGGACGCUUUGUCGACGCUGCCGCGGCUGCGCUCCCUGAGCCUUUCCAACAACGAGCUGACGUUCCUGCUGCCGAACUCGAUCGCAGCCAACGCCGCGCUGGAGGCGCUGGACCUCUCCAGCAACCCGCUGGUGCUGCCCUCCAUCGGGCCGUUCCUGCGCUCCUCGUCUCUGCGCGAGCUGAACCUCGCCGUGUGCAGCCUGCGCCGCUUCACGCCGGACAGCUUCACGCAGCUGCCGUCGCUGCGGAGCCUCGAUAUCUCCUUCAACUCCUUCUCGCAGCUGUCGCUGGAGGACGUGCAGCCCUUCGCCAACCUCAGCUGGCUCAGCGUGGACGCCGACGCUCUCUCCGAGGACGCCCUGGCCUUCCUGCAAGCCAACGGCGUCGAAGUAGAUGUGUUCGAAUUAAUGAACAGCACAGGAGACAUUACGCCGCCUGAACACCAGGAUGACGGCGGAGGAGCGAGGUACCUGGCCCUCCUGGACAAGGACUACCCUUACGACGAUGACAGCAUUGGCGAGGAUUAUGCGGUGCUGAAGAACGUCGACGUCGCCUAUGAUUCAGAUAGCCAGACCCAGUGGGUUGCAGAUCAGCUACAAACGGGUGCCUCACAGGUGGAAGUGCCCCCGCGCUGGGUGGGCCACCCGUCCUGGAAGCUGGUGCUGUACUCGGUGGUGCUGGGCUGCACCGCGUGCCUGACGGCGGCGCUGGCGUACUGGGCGACCGUGCUGGUGGUGCGGCGGCGGUCUGCGACAAAGGCGGCGCAGGGCCCGCGCGACACGCUGGACAGGGCCUUCCGGCACGUGGCCAGCCUGCCCGCCUACCAGCAGCUGCAGCGCCAGCCGGCAAAAGCUCCCAGUGGCAGCGGCCAGGGCUACCGCAGGCUGUACGACGAGGACGAGUCGUCGGCGUCGCUGCCGCCGCGGGCCGCCCAGCCAGAGCGCUGCACGUGCCUCUCGUGCUCGGAGCCGGUGCCCACGCAGCCGUGCAUCUGCUUCUACGAGCGGCCGGCCCCCGUGCACGGGACCGUGCCCAGCCAGUACUACACGCUCUACGCUACGCACAUCCAGUGA